CAGACACGUAAACAAUUUGCAAUAUAUGUGAAUGCGUGCAACUUCAACUAGUAUAUAUGCCAAGAUUUGUUAUAAUUCGAAAACGAAAUGAAGAAAAUGUUCAUCACGUUGGUGUGUGUCUGUGCAUUAGUUUCGUACUAUUUGUCGACGCAGAGUGAACGCUCGCUAACAACGUUUUCCCACACCAUAUACAAGACAAAUGAGAAUUACUCAAUGGAACACGUUACAACUGUUAAGCCAACGAAUGGUCAAAUCAUGCAAGCCCACAAUGGGACCGAGAAGAAGGCGGCACCAACACUUGUUAAAGUCAGUGAAUACUCGAGUAAUCGUACUUUACAACCUUUGGAUACUGUUAAGCCAACGAAUGGUCAAAUCAUGCAAGCCCACACUGGGACCGAGAAGAAGGCGGCACCAACACUUGUUAAAGUCAGUGAAUACUCGAGUAAUCGUACUUUACAACCGUUGGAUACUGUUAAGCCAACGAAUGGUCAAAUCAUGCAAACCCACACUGGGACCGAGAAGAAGGCGGCACCAACACUUGUUAAAGUCAGUGAAUACUCGGGUAAUCGUACUUUACAACCGUUGGAUACAAUAGCAAGGAGUAACAAAGAUGAUGGACAGAAAACACAAUUGGAACAAACAAAGCGAUAUCUGUUUCCUUUAAUGUAUUAUGCAUGCGGACCUUGUGAACAGUACUCGUUUUUUGUGAGUGGUAUUAUAAAUGCCAUGUCAAUGAAUCGUUCAUUGGUAACAAUACCGUUCCAUAAUAACCAUUUGCAAAAUGUUUUUACACAACGUAACUUUAAUGAAACGUUUGAUUACGCAAAACUUCGUCAAAUUGUGGAAUUAUCCACAGUCGAUGAAUUCAUUGAUACUUGUGGAACAAAUUUUACUGCAGAAAAUAUUCUGCUCGGACCACAAGGAGAUCCUAAUAGAACAGACUUACGCGACAAAGCGUUGAUGACAUAUCAUGGAUAUGUGUAUAGACUGGGAUUUUACAUUCCAAGUCUACACUUACCUACUAAGGAGGAUGUUCAAAAUUAUCAAGAAAGUUUGUCCCAAAAUUCUCUUGAAGUAUCAAAGAAUGUCAAGUGUAUUAUCUUUGUAACUGAUUUGAGAGACUAUUUUAGAGUCAAUGAACCAACAUAUCGAGAUAUUAUAAAGCGUAUCCGCAAACACUUGAUAAGAGCGUCUUAUAUCCAAAAAUUAGCUACCGAUGCCAUCAAGCAGAUAUCAGGAGGAUUACCAUAUGCUGCCCUUCAUUGGCGUAACAGAUCUGCCGAAUAUUGCAGCAAUAAAAUGACGGCGAAUCAAUUGCGAUCACAGUGUGGGGAUAAACUGAGGGAGGAAAUUGCAAUAGUUACUGCUGCGAGUGGCGAAAUUGCAAAUGCUGUUGCAACAAGACUUAAACAAAUGAACAUCACCAAGUUAUAUAUAGCCGCACCUGACUAUGAAAAUGCAAUCAUCAAUAUUAUCAAAAGAAGAUUUCAUUCUACGAAAGAUGCAAGUGAUAUCAUAUUGCCAGAAAAAUAUAAAAGCGACAAUUACGUAUAUUCAUUGGUCGACCAGGAAAUAUGCCAAAGAUCAGACUACUUCGUUAAAAGCGGGUUUUCCACGUGGUCUACAUUAGUAGCUUUCUUUCGAGUGUUGACCAAUAAACCAACAAUAGACAUGCGAGAUCUGCCAGGCUAUCCUGAAGCUGAAUUCAUCAAUGUUAUGAAGAAAACAUUGCCUGGCACGAAAGAGGCAAUCGAUAUCACAUUACCAGAGAAAUACAAAAACGAUAAUUAUGUAUAUUCUUUGGUGGACCAGGAGAUUGCUCAAAGAUCAACGUACUUCAUUAAAAGCAGUUCUUCGGUGUGGUCCACUUUUGUUGAUUUCUUUCGAGUAGCAAACAAUUCAACAAUCAUCUUAUCACAAUUACCGGGGUAUCCGGAGUCUGUUAAAAAACUUGGUGUUUGGAUGAAAUAG